CGGUCACGCCCACCUGCGGUUGCUGACACUUUGUGAGUCUAGCGAUUGUUGCGUCUGGUGCCCGCGGCCAGGAAGGUCUCUGUGGUAAACCACCAGUGUUUCAAUCUAUGAAGUUAAAGGUUCCCCCUCAACCUGCAUAUUUACCUGGGGAGAGAGUAUAUUAUCAAUGUAAUCCAGGAUAUUAUUAUUCCUAUUUUUAUGGCCUCAGCACCUAUUGUGAGAAAAAUAACUCCUGGUACCCUAUUGAUGAAGCUUGUUACAAAAAACAAUGUCCAACUCCCAAGGUUCCUAACGGUGAAGUCUUUGAGCAGUAUGAACCACAAACGGGCUUUCAAUUUGAUAAAGAUGCUUACUUUUAUUGCAACUAUGGUUAUUACUUAAAAGGUGAACCAAUUUUAACUUGUAAACUUUCUGGAGACACAGUGUAUUGGGGCGGUGAUAUCCCAACAUGUGAAAAGAUUUUAUGUGGAGAACCUGGAAUAAUAGAAAAUGGAAAACGCACGAAUAGCUGGAGGGUUGAAUUUGAAUUUAAUGAAGUAGUGUCUUAUACUUGUGACCCUUCAGAUGGACCUCAGGAGUAUUCACUUGUUGGAGAGAGCAAGCUUUCUUGUUCUGGGCCUGGCGAAUGGAGUAGUGACCCUCCUCAAUGUAAAGUGGUACAGUGUGAACCGCCAGUACUCAAAUAUGGAAAACCAUUGUCAGAAAUGAAAGAAAAAUUUUUCUACAAAGAUGAGGUUGCAUUUGAAUGCCUGAAGGGUUUCUACCUUAAUGGCAGCAACCCAGUGUUCUGUGGUGGAAACAGUACUUGGGAGCCUGAGAUGCCCACAUGUAUUAAAGGUUUCAAGCCUACUUAUCCAACCAAACCUCCACUUUCAAGAUAUCCAGGCUAUCCCAAGCCUCUUGAAUCACCACCAAUUGAAGAGAUUUUAGAAAUAGAUCCAGGAAUCAUUGCUCUAAUUAUUCUCACUAUACUUGUUGGCAUUGCAGUAAUUUGCACCUGUGUGUACAAAUGUCUUCGCAGAGGAACAAAAGGGCUUCCCCUCUGAGAACAACCAGGUGACUGGAACCAGAAAGGUUUCAUGCUUAACAGCCUUCAGUUUCCUGUAAACUGCCUCACCCACUUUCCAGUGGACCAUCUACACCUGACCCCCACCUGCACCUGGUCUGACCUUUACAAGAGACAUAAAUAUCCUGCUCCCCCUACCCUGCCCCACUGAUGCCAUUUUGGUCUCAGCUCUUCUGCUAGCAGAUGUUAACAAUAAAUGUAUAAUUCUUUACCCCUUUCGGCCUCGUGCAUUCUUCCUUCGGCCACUCUAACAGUGGGCACAUGGUGCAAUACACAGAUCUUGUAACAGAAACCCACGCCUGAAACCUAUACGUUCAUGUUGACCAAUGGCUCCCUAAUAAAUUUUUUUUUAAAUGUCGAAUAAAGGAACACAAUGCAAAGAAAUACUUACUAAAAUUCCA